UCUUGCAAAUUGAGAUGAACUGAGGUGGCUUCCAACAGACAAGUUCCGCUGACGCUGAUUCGGGGGGGGGGAUACUCAGAUUAUGAGGAGUUUUUCACGCUCUCCUUCAGCCCGAGUCGCUCUGCGAUCCAUCGUGGCAACUAUAAAUUAACCGCUGCUUUCAGUAACUUCCCUUCUUCCCAUAGUGAGAGUGAAGGAAGAAGCGAGCAUGUGGGUGAGGGAGCUGUAGAGUGUGACGCGAUGCGCACGCUGCCAAGUGUCCAAAUGAAACAUCUCUGCUGUUCACCAGGCUUCCAGCGAGUUCACGUCGUCCCUUUCAUCCAGUUUUAAGCGCAAGUCAAAGGUGUCCUACUCUUAUGAAAGCCCUCAACAUCCCAGGGAUAAAAGAGGGGCGCUUUGAAACGUACUUUGAACAGAAGCGUGUUUGAGGUCCGGCUGCUUUUGAAAACAGCUCAAAGGCACGGCUUUCAUGAAGAAGGUGACCUGCUAACAUUCUAGCAGAAGGGACCCUCUUCAACAAGUAUGGGGUCACCAUGGAAACCAUUUCUCAUCCUGUCUGUCAUCAGUGGCCUUUCAGAGUUUGCGCGAGCGGUUGCGGCGCGGCCGAUGUCAUAUGCAGCAGUGUUGCGAAUGAGACAAGACAGCUCUUCGUCAGUGCUCAAUUCGCGCAGCAGACCUCGACAGCAACACAGCGGUGGGCUGGUGACUCCUGGCUGGCCUGCUUUCUCCAGUCACCCUCUGUCAGCCCUGAGUCUGCUCAGCUCUCAGGAGGACCUCAGGAGUGAAGAAAGUGAAGAGUUUGGGCCUGUUUUUAUCCAAGAGCCAGAUGAUGUUAUUUUUCCACUGGAUUCUGAUGAAAAGAAAGUGAUGAUGCACUGCGAGGCUCGGGGGAAUCCACCACCCACAUACAGUUGGUACAUCAAUGGGUCAGAAGUGGAUUCAAAGACAGACUACCGCUACAGCUUAAUUGAUGGAGAUCUCAUUAUUACAAAUGCGAGCGAGGACACUGACUAUGGGAAGUAUCAGUGUCAAGUUGAGAACAGUUAUGGAAUCAUCCUCAGCCGAGAGGCUCUACUUCAGUUUGCAUACCUUGGUGCUUUCAGUACGAGGACCCGGGGUGAUGUGUCUGUGCGUGAAGGCCAAGGCGUGGUGCUCAUGUGUUCACCGCCUCCUCAUUCACCAGAGAUUAUCUACAGCUGGGUGUUCAACAAGUUUCCCUCGUUUGUUGCUGAGGACAGUCGCCGCUUCAUCUCCCAGGUAACAGGGAACCUGUACAUCUCUAAAGUUCAGCCCUCGGAUGUUGGAAGCUACAUCUGUCUGGUGAAGAACGCAGUGACGAACGCCAGGGUUCUGAGCCCACCAACUCCUCUGACACUUAAAACCGACGGUGUCAUGGGUGAAUACGAACCAAAAAUUGAAGUGCACUUUCCGACAUCUGUACUGGUGGCCAAAGGAGUGACUGUCAGGCUGGAGUGCUUUGCUCUGGGGAAUCCAGUGCCAACAAUCACAUGGAGGAAGAUAAAUGGCAUCUUCCCCAAAAAAGCAAGACUCCGAAAGUCCCAAGCUGUUCUGGAGAUUCCCAAUAUUCAGCUGGAAGACUCGGGAACUUAUGAAUGCAAAGCUGAGAAUACAAGAGGAGGAACGGCUUUCAAAGGGCACCUGCUGGUUUACACCCUCCCUCAGUGGGUCAGAAUGAUUAAUGACACUCAGAUGGAUAGUGGAGAGAAGCUCCAGUGGGAGUGCAAGGCCAUCGGGAGGCCCCGGCCCUCCUAUCGUUGGAUUCGUAACGGGUUGCCCUUGACAUCCCAGGGUCGAGUUGAAAUAGUGAACGGGGAACUGACCAUUAACAAAGUGCAACAGACGGACUCAGGAAUGUACCAGUGCGUGGCAGAAAAUAAAUACGGAGCCAUCUACUCGAAUGCAGAGCUGAAGAUUUUAGCGUCACCGCCCAUCUUUGUCCCCAAUCCAAUACGGGUCAUAGCCACACUGGGAAAAGACGUGUCCCUGGAAUGCAAGCCCAGAGCAUCACCCAAACCACGGAUAACAUGGAGAAGAGGAGACAGAAGGAUUCAGCCCAGCAAAAGGAUUAUGGUGAUGCGGAACAACACUUUGAAAAUUGUUAACUCCAGCCGAGCGGAUGAAGGGAACUAUGUGUGCCGGGCAGAGAAUCAGCUGGGCUCUGCAGAGAUGACUGCCAUACUGUGGGUAAAAGAGGCCAUGCGUGUGGUGCUGAGCCCGAGCAGAGUGGAGGUGACCGUAGGGGAGAGCGUUGUACUGAGCUGCAAAGCGACUCACGACACAUCGCUGGACGUGGCUUUCCAGUGGUUCUUCAACCAGAAGCCGAUUGACUUUCAGCAAGAAGGCAGCCACUUUGAGUACAUCCAAACAGUAAGAGCAAAACAGACUUCAACAGUGGAUCUGAUGAUUAGGAGCAUUUUGCUGAAGCAUGCUGGGAAGUAUGGAUGCAGAGCCCAGACCAGCGCCGACACAGUGUUUGCAGAGGCUGAGCUUCUUGUGCGCGGUCCUCCCGGACCCCCUGGAGUGGUGAUAGUGGAGGAGAUCACAGAUACGACAGCCACCUUGUCCUGGACUCGUGGCCUUGACAACCACAGCCCUAUCAGCACCUAUAAUUUACAAGCCCGGAGCCCCUUUUCGUUGGGGUGGCAAACUGUCAAAACAGACCCAGACCCAGUGACAGGGGACAUGGAGUCAGCUAUGGCCGUGGAGCUCAGCCCCUGGGUAGAAUAUGAGUUCAGAGUGGUGGCCAGCAAUGCGAUUGGGACGGGUGAUCCAAGUGCACCUUCUAGAAAAGUUAGGACCAAAGAAGCAGUUCCAGCCGUGGCACCAUCAAACGUCAGUGGAGGGAACGGCCGCAGGCACGAACUGGUCAUCUCGUGGGAGCCUGUGUCUGAGGAGUUCCAAAAUGGCGAGGGCUUUGGAUACAUUGUUGCAUUUCGUGCCAACGGGACCAGAGGCUGGAAGGAGAAGAUGGUGACCUCGGCGGAUGCCACUAUGUACAAAUACAGGGAUGAGACUUUUCCCCCUCUCACCCCGUUUGAAGUGAAAGUGGGCGUGUACAACAAUAAGGGAGACGGCCCUUUUAGCAAAGUUGUCAUCAUCCAUUCUGCAGAGGGAGAGCCAAGGGAGGCACCAUCUGAUGUAAAAGCGUAUAGCAUUUCCUCCUCGGAAAUUAGGGUGACCUGGAAACCGCCCAAUCCCGGCCCGGGAAAACCACGAGGCUAUGAGGUCAGCUACCGGAAAGAAGCCGAGCAGGAGGAGUCCGGAGAGAAACGACGCACGGUUAAAAAUGAAACAUCUAUGGUGCUGACAGGCCUAGAAGGGAACAGUGUCUACCUUAUGACAGUGAAAGGCUUUAACAGCAUCGGCCAGGGUCCCGCCAGCGCUGCCGUCACAGCCAAGACGAGGAAAUCCCCUCCUGCUCAGCCUCCAUCCAACCUCAUGUGGAUUCAAGAGGGCAAUAACAUCUCAUUAAGCUGGGAUCCAGUCAAGGCAAGAGACAAUGAGUCUGACGUCAUUGGAUACAUGGUGUUACUCAAACAGGAGGGCCGGGGCCACAUCCAGGUGACAAGAACCAUUAACCCUUCCACCAUGCUCUCACUGCCAGAGGGGGGCACUUACAUCAUCGAGGUGCACGCGCUCAGCGAAGGCGGAGAGGGAGCCUUCAGCACCCAAGUUCGAGUCGUCACCUCCUCUGGCGUUCGAGCAAAAAGCAGCCAGUGCUCAGUGCAUUGCCCAACACAGAGUCUAACAUGGACAGCGCUGAUUCUGGUCGUCCUGGUGCCUUCAGCUUCUUGGUGAGGAAACCCAGACGUCCUCACCUUUCUGAAGGGGGGGGGGGGCACUAGACAUCUGCUCCCUAACUCCCUCUGACUGCCUGAUUGCUUUGGCCUUAGCCAUCGUAAAGGGCCCGAGGCAUGCCGACGGGGGUUGAGUCUGCCGGUUUCCUCGCAGCGCCACCCAGCUCAUACUUUUUUCCGUUUCAUCUGAGGCCCCCGGAUGUUUGAUUUGCACAAUGUUUUCCGAACAUCACAGUAACGUGGUGCAGUAAUGUAACUUUGUGUAGAAAGAUUUGUUACCUGGUUUACUUUAGCAGUCUGCGUCCUUCUCAGUGACCGGCGCCUCCAGACGGCUUCCGCAGCUCCAGGGAUCCACGGAGCAUGAACUAUUCCUUGCAAGCUGCUGUGGUAGUAAUACAGGGAUCAGCCGACGACUUUCUUUUCAUUACUUAUCUGCAUCAAUUUACCCCUUGGCUGCCUAACAGCAAUGCAGCAGAAGCUCCGUAGAGAUAAGUGCAUUGUUUUCUUAUUCCCCACACUGAGAAGGAAGAAAAAACAACAACUUUUAUAUGGAACCAAGAAUCUUACUAUUUCCAGAUUUGCUUUUUGUACAUUGUGUUACCUUUAGGAGAAAAAAAAAUAACAGUGGUGUGUGUCAGCUCUGUCCAACUCUGUUUUUUAGUAGCGACUCAGCAAUGCUUGUUGAUACAGUUUGUUCACUGUUGGAUGUAUGGAAGUAGGAAACAGGUACCUUUAGUGCCCAGACUCAUGAAUAGACAAAGACAACUCUGUACGGACCCCUGGUGUCAGUACAAAUAAAUGUGAUGUAUAUUUUUUAAA